CUCAUUGCUCCGAUCUCGCCCAGUGCCCCUCUCGGCGCCGCCUUUACGCUCGCCCUACAAGGGCUGCGACUCCUCUGAGUCUUAUUCUACGACAGUGCCGCCACCUUUCAUAUCCGUCACGCAACAUGCCUACCGACCGCGUGCGUUCGUUCCAAAUUGACCUGAAGCCUCGGAGACAUCAUGGCUAUGCCGUCUUGCUCUUCAUUCUUGGGACUCUGCUGCCGCCACUAGCUGUGGCCGCACGGUUUGGGAUCGGGACGGAUUUCUGGCUUAAUUUGGUGUUGACUAUUUGCGGGUACAUACCCGGGCACGCCCACAACUUCUACAUCCAGAAUAUCCGGAACAACAAGACCCACCGUCGCACGCCGAAAUGGGCCCAGAAGUGGGGCCUCAUCGACACCUCCGAGAUCAAGCGCAAGGAGCGCCGCUCGCAAUGGGCCAACCGCUACAACGAACGCCUCCCUCACUCGGCGCUCGAGAACCAGCCGUACGCAGAGGGCGAGGUCGGCGGCUCCUCCAUCGAUCUCUCCGAGGAGAACAACGCCACGCGCGCGCGCGGCCCGAACGGCGAGUUCUGGGACCCGAGCGAGGAGCGGUACUACGGGCAGAACGGCGACGCGGCGAGCACGGCCACGCAGGGUUCUGGGCGGUGGCGCUACCCCGCCAACUUCGACGACGCGCUGCCCCCUACGAAGAAGGCGGCGAAGAAGGGGAAGAAGGACAAGAAGGACAGAUGGGCGCGGACGGAGGACGCGUACGCUGCGCAGGAGGAGGGCUCGGGGAGGAGGAAGAAGUCGAAGAAGCGGCGGUCGGCGGCCGCGGAUGCGGAGACGUACUCCCAACGGAGCGAGUCGACGACGGAGUUCCCAGAAGACCCCGAGGGCGGGCUGUACGGCGAUCGUCGUCCGCCUGCUGAGGAGCGGGACGGUUUGCGCAGGACGACCUCGGAGGAAAUCUUCAAUCACGAGCUCUAGGUCCGCGGCAUCGCUGUGGAUGGAAGGUUGUGUUGGAAGGCGAGGGAUGCAGAUGAAUGUGGGGUGUUCUUGUGGGCGCAGGCUCGGGGUGCAGAGACGGGUGGAUAGACGGCGGUGGACAUAUAGUCCUGAUCUUACGACACUCCUUUCGUUGCACGAGCGAUGCGGGCACGCAGAAGACCUCACCCAUGUAUAUGUACCGCUGUCUGCAUGACUCGAUAUCUAUUCAUCGCAUACCUGAUGGGAC